AUGCAGCUGCUCAUGGUUUUACUACUUGCUGCUUUCGUCUGUGGAGUCUCUUCGAUGGCACUGUUCAAACGAAACUUGGAACUCUUAGAUAUGAUGAAGACGCCCCUGCUGAUGACAUAUCGAGCGCAAGUUCCGGAGAAUCAGCUCUAUUACCUCACACAACUUCACAACGUUCCACAAAUGAGCAACUACUUUCGGAAUGACGGUGUCAUGCCGGCGUUAUAA